GUGCCAAAAGUUGGUUUUGGCAGAACCUGGUGCAGUAGCUUCCCCUCAGGCAGCGGCUCUGCGCGCUCAGAGAUGGCGGCUGUCCAGGGCUUCGGGCCUUCACCGUGCCUGCGCUCCCAGUCCUCAGGAACCGAUGAGUGCACCUUAUGCUUCGGUGGAGGGGCAACUUACCGAAACUAGAGUGGGGUCCCCUGCAGAGAGACGGGUCCCUCACCAGCCCAGCAAGCUUAACGUGCAGGUUGUGACAGCUGCUGCUGCUCCUCGUUACUUGGCCUACAGCCACCUUUCGUCAUACUCUGAUGUGAACAUUUAUGCGAUGGCAGAACCACUUCACAUGAAGAGCAAAGGUAAUAAAGUUGUAGGUGGAGGUUAAAGCAACGGAAUCAAAGGAAGUUCCAUGGAAGGCAUAACUGGUGGAGGGAAGUUGCUGUUGACAGCUGCAACUGAUAAAGGAAAUACGGUGUCACAUUCUGAUUUGAGUUGUGAGAAGCCGAAGAAAUUGCAAUAUUCCUCUGAAAAUGUUUUCUCUAUCGGCUAUGAUAAGAGUCUCUUUAGUUCAUUAAUAUCACCACUUCAAAAGAAGACUUGCCAUCAUUGUGGUUUGUUUGGAUCCCUCAGAUGUUCACAAUGCAAGCAAAUAUACUAUUGCUCUGCAGAUUGUCAGAAGAAAGAUUGGCCAGCACAUAGUGUUGUAUGUGAGCCAGUUAAACAGAAUGUAAGUAAUAAGGAUGGAGGCAAGUUACCUGCUAAAACCAAGAAGGGAGUUUAUCUUAAGGAGGAAAUUAUGUUGAGUUUUGCUGUAGAUGUUGCUCUUCCAGAUUUUGAAGACUGUCUAGAUAAAGUGCCUUCAGAAAUUAAGUCUGAUUUAACUCUAGGAAGUAAUGACAAAGGAGGAGACUCUCUAAGAGAGUCAGAAAACCAUUCUAAGGGAAGUAAAGAAAAAAUACCUGAAGAUGAAGAAUUUCUUCACUGUGCUAAUUCAGUUGCAGAGUGUGUCUCCGUAUGUAUCGGAGAUGCAUUUUCUGGCGUGGUUUCCUGUGUUCAAAAUCCAGAAAACUUCUUCUGUCAGCAGAUGCACAGUGCCCGUCAACUUGCUGAGCUUCAAGUGUCUCUUAAUGAACAUUGUGAUGAAUUUCCCAGUAGUCCAGCUUUCCAUCCUGCUGCUGGAAAUGUAUGCUGUGCCCAGUUCACAGAAGACAAUCUUUGGUAUCGUGCUGCUGUUAUAGCAUAUGUUUCUGAAGAUACUGUUUUGGUGGGCUAUAUAGAUUAUGGUAAUUUUGAAGUUCUUCCGCUGACUAGACUUCGUCCUAUGAUUCCAAGAUUAACGGAAUUUCCAGCUCAAGCCAUAAGAUGUACCUUGGCAGGUAUAAAGCCACCAUUAGGAGCCUGGACCUCAAAAGCUAUUUCUUUUAUGAAACAACUGGUGAAAGACAAAGUGUUCACAGUAAAAGUAGUGGAUAAAGAGAGCUACAGAUCUGUGGUGGAGCUUGUAGAUGCAUCAGUUACUCCAGUAAUAAAUAUAUCGAGCCAUCUCAUAGAGAAAGGCUGUGCAGCUGAUGAAUCGAGGAUGUCCUUACCAGCAAUCGGAAUGAGUGAUGUUAAGCAAGCAAAUGAGGACACAAAGAAAAAAAGAAUUUGCAAGUGGAGUAAACUAACUCUUAAACAAACAGUAGAUGUUGUAGUGUGUACGCUGUACAAUCCUGGAGAAUUCUACUGUCAGAUUUCAAAUAACAGUGAGUUACUUGCUCUAAACUUACUUAACAAGUCAUUGUCUGAAUACUGUCAGAAAACUCCACCAAAUGUCUUUAAGCCUGAGAAUGGAGAACCUUGCUGUGCUUUUUUCUCUG